AUUGUCGUGGCGGGGCGCGCGCCGUGCAGGUCCCGCCUUCUGGUCUUGUAGGGACCGACGCGGAUGGAAGCUGGGUGCCCAUGGCCGUGGCAGCGAUGGCCGAGAGUGGCCGCCUACCGCACGCCGCGCCCGCGCCUAGCACGGAGGGGCUACCGCGAGCUUUUCUCCAGAGCCUGCGCACCCUCUUCGACAUCCUGGACGACCGGCAGCGCGGCUACGUGCACCUGCGUGAGAUCGAGUCCCGCUGGCAGGGUGCAGACGCACGCGAGCUGCCCUGCGGCGUGCUCGAGGGCCUGCGCCAGGUGGCCCCCGCCAGUGGCUACCUGACCUUCGAGCGCUUCGUGGCGGGUUUGCGCACCUCGCUGCUGAACGCCAACGGGCGCCCGAGGGAUCAGGCACGCGUCGCUCCCCGAUCUGGGGACCAGCCUUUGCUGCAGCAGCGCCUGAUGUUCGUACCGGCCGACGAGCCGCGGACUGUCCUGGAGAAGAAGCCUCUGCCCCCGAGUGCGCGCCCCGCGCCUGCUGGCCCCAGUAGCACCUCCCGGAACCCUGAGCUACCGUGUGUCCCGGCGGAGGCGGCGCCCUCUCCCGAGGAGCCCAAGCGGCCCCCGAAUAAGGCGCUGGAGCGGAGCCCGAGCGCGGACGCGGGUGCAGCAGCCUGCAGGACCCUGGACAUAGGCAAAGGUGAAGCCCGGCAGACUCCAAGGUCCCGAGGUGAACGCCGACGGCAUACCAUCACCAACGGUGUGGACUGUGGCCUGUUGAAGCAGAUGAAGGAGUUAGAGCAGGAACAGGAGGUGCUGCUGCAGGGCUUGGAGAUGAUGGCUCGGGGCCGAGAAUGGUACCAGCAGCAGCUGCAGCGUGUGCGGGAGCGUCAGCGCCGCCUGAGCCAGAGCAGAGCUGGUGCUGACUUCGGGACUGCAGGGAGUCCCCUCCCUCUGGGGAGGCUGCUGCCCAAAGUACAGGAGGUGGCCCGAUGCCUGGGGGAGCUGUUGACUGCAGCCUGUUCUGGCAGAGCUCUGCCCUCGUCUUCAUUGGGGCCCCUGGGCCCCACCUCUCCCUCAACACCAGUCUGGCAGCAGCAGACCAUCCUCAUGCUGAAAGAACAGAACCGGCUUCUCACUCAGGAGGUGACGGAUAAGAGCGAGCGCAUCACUCAGCUGGAGCAGGAGAAGUCUGCACUCAUCAAGCAGCUGUUUGAGGCCCGGGCUCUUAGCCAGCAGGAUGCCGGGCCUCUGGACUCCACUUUCAUCUAGCUGCUGGGACCUCUCUAGGAUGUGCACACAGACUUAAGCCUCGGCUCCGCGGCACUGCUGUGAGCCUGUCUUCU